AGUAAGGAACUCACGAUGCUUCCCCAGCAAACCAGCUCCACUUCCACAAAUCACUGCCCAUCUUCUUCUGAAGGCCUAAACUCUUUAGCUUCUGUUGGUCUAGCUAGUAUGGAGAUGGCAGACCAAUCUAGAGCCGCAACCAAAUUCAUCAACACAUCCUUUUUCUUAAAGAAGUUUCUCCAAUUCCUCUUCUCACUCUCCAUCUUUUCCUUUCUCUUAUCCUUUACAUCUAUCUUAAACAACUCUAUCUCCUCCGACUUAUUGCCUUUCCAGCUCUUCAACUACACGGUUGACCGGAUAUACAUGUUCCUCCUCUGCAACGGUAUCCUUGUUUUCCUGGCCACAAACUCCGGUCUCAUCCGUUCAUCAUCCCCUUUCAUGACCGAUCUUCAUUAUGAUCAGUUCAAGAGUAAUGGCCAUCAUCUACGCCCUAUUCCUCAAGCACCGGAGAUGGAGUUGGAGGCAUCAGUUAUAGAGAAGGACGAAAUUGAUGAUGAUGAGGUGGAAAAUAUUGAUGGGUGUUUAGAGAAGAACGUCGUUGGGAAACAAGAACAAGUCAGAAAUCGACUUUUGUUAGAACAAGAGGAGGAAGAAUCCAAUGGGUUCUUGAAUUUAGAAGAAAUUGAUGAAGAUGAUGGAGAAGGAGAAAACGGUUUGUUGAGUACAGAGGAAUUGAAUAAAAAAUUUGACGAUUUUAUUAAGAAGAUGAAAGAAGAAAUUCGGCUGGAAGCUCAACGACAAGUAAUCAGAGUUUAACGGCCACCAUCAUCAAGGGAAAAAUUGAGCUUCAGUCUUGAAGGGCAUCGGUGUCUCUUAAUUAUGUCUAACAAGUCAUGUCUUUCUAACUGUUUUCGUUUCAUUCCUUUUUUUUUUCCUACUCUGAAGUCCAAAUCGAAUCGCUCUCCAUAUGAGAGUUUUCUGUAACAAUAAUUUUAUCCAUAUGGUCUUCUGAGUAUUUUCUGAUCUUUACUAGGUAAUUAGCAUAUGUUCAAACUGAAAGGUGUACAAAAAUGAGUGCUUUGCCAUAAAAAAAAAAAAAAAAAAACAGAGUGCUUUCAGAUUUAUGAUAAAAGCUUUGUAGACAUUCCAGUUUGUUCCCAUUAAUUACUCUGAGUUUGGGACUAA